AAGAAAAAAUGAAGGCCGAAACAAUGCAGAACUUUGAAUAAUAUAUUGACAGUCCACAGUGUAUUCGUGUUCAUAUUUUAACAGUUCAUAAUUUGAUUAACAUGUCCAUGAACUUACGUGUAUUGGUGCAAAUUUUUAGAAGCAAGAAGUGGGGGUGUAGGCACAAAAGAUAGGGGUUGGCGCAACGCAACAUGGCACCGACCUUAUCGAUUACUGCGAGAGGGUGGAUGGACGGGCAGUGUGGCGGGGUGCGUCGUUCGGAGUGCCUGCCUGCUGACCGUUGGUGUGCUUUAUAUUCACGCCUCAUUUUUUUACAACAAAACUAUAUACAUUUUUGUCUUCUGUGGCCUUUAGUGUGUCGUAAAAAAAAAUUGCAGAAUUUCUCAUGAUUGGUUCAUUUUGGAAUUUGUGUAGAGCGUGCCCCUCGAUGCCAGUUGAUAAGCUUCAUUCGGAGUACAGGAGCACGUACAAAUGGCAUGAAUACGUGGGGCAGGAAGUGGUGCACCGCCCGCCACAACCGUCCGCCUCAGGUGCCAAUCCUUCUAAACUACAAACUGCAAGAUCUAUGGAGGAAGACAAUCACGUUGCAGUGCCGAGAUUCGAGCCGGCGAUCCCCCGGAGGAAGAAACACCCAGAAUUGGCCUACAGGACGCAUGAAUUUCUCGCGAUGUCUGAAGCAGGCGGCUCGGAUGACUCGCUCGAGUCUACAGUUGCGUUCGAUCGUGCCAGGUCCGAGGAACGAGGCGGGGCCCACAUACGACCCUCACGCCGCAGCAAGUCGGAGGGCCCCCCAACGACCGCUGGGGCCCCGCCGGGCCCUGCUUUAUCCGAGUACCGCUUGCAAUACAUGAAUAUGGCUAGCCCCCCACCUCGGGCGGUGAGGAGUGACUCGGAUCCCUGUGUUGACGAAGAAAUGAUGAUCGCCAGUUACCCCCCACCUGCCCCCGCCGGCCCGCUUAGCAAUGCUAUAGCCCGGAUCAGCACCGAGUAUCGCCUUCAGUUCGCAUGGCCACGUGCCGGGAGAGGACUCAGCACCCAAGACGCCAAGAUCACUACCGGGAGCGUUCUGCCCCGCAAGUCCCUCUCCAUGGGAGCCAUUCAACCCGUCCCUGUCCACAAGAAGCGCGGUGCUGAUUUCGAAAAGAACGAUGAAGGGGCUUCUGAGUUGGAGCCCCUUGUUGGACCAGAGGUGGUGGAUACAACACUGGAGGAAUUACAAGGAGAAGAGAAGAUUCAGCAUGAAAUUUUGAGCAAAGAGGAAAAACCCCGGCGCAGGAAGGAAAUUAAGACAGAAUACAAGAAAAAGUUCCGCCCAUUCUCACAGUAUGAUUAUGUAGAAGGGAAGUUCCUGAAGAAGGCUGAUGCAGUUCACUUACCUGAUGCAAUGCCUGAGCUACCGCAAAGUGAUUCGUGGUAUCGAGAGGUUUUAGAGUUACGUAAAAAGGCUGGUGAAUAUAAGCAUCGAGGCUGGGGGACAGAGCUAGUACCACAGCACAUUGCUGACCUCUACAACAAGCAGAUGGCACUCUGGGAACAAGUAUCUCGUCGCAGCUCCCUCUCAGCUCUUUCUCUGGCUUCCACAGCACCCAGGUCAAUCUCAAAAGAAGAGAAAGAGAAAGAAAACAAUAAAAAGAGUUCUCCUACUAAACCUAUGUCAAGUCGCCCAAUGAGGCCUUCCACAGCCCCAGAUAAAUUUCAGGAAAAUGACAAGAGAAAGGCUGAGAAGGGAGAAAUAACGAAGAAAGAAAUUCCACGUUCAAGAAAAGAUUACCUGAUACGACACCAUCUGGAACGCACUACUGGUGCAGUUGAUGGAGCUUUGUUGCCCUCUCCAACUCGAGAGAAACUCGAGCCAGUUAUACCUCGCCAGAAGGAAGAAGAUCUUCCUAAGAGUCCCCAAAAAGCCAGCCCUAAAAGUAGCCCCAGAUCAGCUCGUUCACAGUCAGUGGGUCUUACUGGUGAUAAUCGUUCCCCAAAACGUCAACCCAGAACUCCAUUAGCAACAACUACCCAACCAAACAAGAUGAAUGGACCUGUGCAAACUGAACGCCGCCCUCGUCCCACUUGCGGCCCGGCUAGCGGGAAGCCUCCACUCCCAGCUCCGAACCGGCAACAAGAGAACGCCCGGUCCAAACCCCGACCCCUCUCCGGAACACCCUCCUUAUCUACUACCGGUCCUUCCCGUCCGAAAAGUAGCUCUGUUCCCUUAAAAGCUGAAGAAGGCAAAUCCCACCAUGCCACGAAACCCAAACCUGCCAAAUCGGUGAAUGGGGUGCAGGUUGCUAAAAUCAGAGGCGACAGGACCAAAGUUGCAGAACGAAAAAAUACUAGCAGUGCUGCUUGUGGUGAAAACGAGAAUGAUGUAGACCAGCAGCUAAAUAAAGAGGAACCAGAGGUUGAGCCAGCAUUAGUCAAAUCUCCACCAGAACCAACUCGUGUAAAAUCACCUGAACAAAUACUCAUGCGCUCUCCAGAACCAGUCAAUUGGACCGUCCCUCUUGACACUGGGAAGACUUUUACCGUCACUCAGAAUGUUCAUGAAGCCAUGCCAAAUGUGAAGUUGUACAGAGGAGAACUGACGAAUCGGCCGCAUAGUGAAGUGAAACCUUGGACUCCUCCUACUGUUCCUCCACCAGCACCACAGUCAGCCCCACCAGAAUUGCUGGAACAGACCUCAGGCUGGAAAUCUCCUGACCCAAUGACCACUUCAAUCGUUGGUGGCCAUGAAGCUGUCAAUGGACUUGAAGAAGAGAAACCUUCCACCCUACCCUUUCAGUAUGACACUUCGACAGCUGGAACUGCUUUCCGACAUCAGGAAGGUCCAUCAUUUGACAAAGGAAGGUCUGGGUCUGAGCUACUGGAAACACCAACUGAGAUGAGUGCGGGCAGUGCUGGAGGAGGAAGCUCACAAGACCCAUACCGAAUUCUGGAGGCCUCUGCAUCCACCCUACCUCAGGAGUCCCCAACGAAACCUCUUCCAUUGGUUUCACCCUCUUCUGGGCGUUCCCUUGCAUCAGAUGUGCUAGAGAAAGCUCGGACAAGGUUUGACAAAUUUUGGGGGAAGGGCAAGGAGCCAACUGAUGGAAAGGUAUAGGAACUGUGGCACCUCAUACCCUCUUGGCAUUUUAGUGUAUGCCAAGCGCUUAAAUUCAGAGUCUUUGAAUUUGAUGAAGGCCUGUCAAAGAUGUUACAGUUCCUGUUCCAGACAUAUUUGCCAGGAUUCUGUAGUUUGAAGUACUGGGUUGGCCCACACCAUCAAAAUGCACUUCCUUACACAGUCUCAUACACAUACACAGAGUCAUGGACUGGGCCCCUGGGCUAACCUCUACAGAAACCUUUGUGAAUGUUGAAAUACAAAUACAGUAACAGUAUUGACUUCAAUCACAUGGUGAUAUGAGAGCUUACAAUUUAAAAUUAUUUGUCUUUGAUGGUACAUCUUCACUCAUUGAAAAUGCAACCAAGUUCCAAACUGCCAGCUUAAGAAGAGCCAUUUCCCCACAGAGCUUGUUGCAUAGUCAGAGAGUACACAGUAUUUUAGAAUGCUUUGAGUAUAUUACUGCAGCAACUUUGGAUGCCAGUUAACCUGUCAGCAACAGACUGAAGUCUGGAAAGAUGCAUGAUCUUAAUGCUGAUUGCUUUUACUUCUCUGAAGGUCUGAUUACUUUCUUCCUUUGGUUGUACUGAAUUUCAUAAUGGAAAAAGGCCCAGAGUCCUGCAUAAUGAAUGCCAGGAAAUAGUUGUUGUAUUAGGUGUUUAUAAGAUGACAAAAUUGUGAGAUGCUCCACUUGGAUGCAACCUUCUUGAGAAGAGUUAGCAAGAUAUAUAAAUAUAUAUAUAUAUAAAAAGAAAUAUUAAAUAUAAUGAUCUUUGUUGAGGCUGGUGUAUAUGAAGUAUAAAUGAAUUGUUUUGUUUGCAUGAUGAAGCAAGUUCCUUACUGCAUUAUUUUGAAACUCAGUUUGAUAAUGAUAAAGGUGGAACACCAGAGCAUAGAAUCUGGUGGGAGGGGCAUGGCUGAGGUUUACUGCAAAUUAUACAAACAGUUACAAACCUAGAAGUCAGAUUCCUGUGAGCGUAAUUUUCAGGAUUGUUAAUUAUGGCUAUUUUCACACACUCUCUGUCAGGUGCCUCUUUAACAACAUGAUUCAAAUUGUAAAGAAAUAUUCUGCAAUUAUUUAUAGCCAGACAGAUUUUGUAGACGUUAUUAGUAGUGAGAGAUAAAUAGCAUCCUAACAAUACUUAUCCCACGUUUGUAAAAUGGAUUUUAGAAUUUUCAUAUUUUAAGAGGAUAUCACAGCUGAAACAUAUAACAUUAACAGUGUGUUUUUCUGGUCAUAAAAAUACAAGUUUUAGUUGUAUUUUCCUGAUAUACAAUUAAAAGGGUUUCAAUAAGUGUAUCUAAGAUUAAUGUUUUAUCUCCUUUUGUUUUCUACUGUUCAGUCAUUCAUUAAUUUAUUUUCCACAUAUCCAUACAGGUAACAUACCUAGGAUGUGGAAAUGGUCCCUUUGACGUUGUUGUAAGAGGCAUAUGAGUAUUUCCAUUGUGAAUGGAAUUGCAGAAGAAAUCUGGAAUAUUUUCUUGUGUUGUGGAAGGGGGGGGGUUACAUAUCGUAAUAGAAUGGUGCUUUUCUAAUGCUUGCUACCCAUUUUGUCAUGAAAAUCCCGAACAGACAUAUGGUUUAGUUUCCACUAUACCUUUCUCUAAGUAAGAGAGCAUACAUACAUACAUACAUACAUAAUUUCACAGAUCCAUUGUCCGGAAACCAGACCGGAUAUUGAAUUCGUCAGUAUCAAAUUGUUUAGAAUACAUAUCUUCUUUCUCAUAUUCUAUUUUAAAUUUAUUUUGCUUUUGCCGCUUUACAUAGCAUUAAUAUUCACUCAGUGUAGAUGAACCUUUUCUAAUUUUAUGAUUAGCUUCAGUAAUAUAGAUUUCCUAAUAGAUUUAAGGCUGUAAGUUUUUAAAAUAACUGUUACAAAGUUUUUAAUUAUAUGUGACAUUAUUUGAAACUGCCCGAAUCGCUAUAAAGAACCUAAGUUAAUUAUUAUUUAACGCUCUGAUGUCUACAACCAGGAUAUUCAAGUUUUUAACAACCUCCCACACCUAAUUCCAAUUUCAAUUUAAACAGGAUAUUGUUAUACAUACUUUACAAUAUUUUGCCAGAAAUAAGGAACUGUUAUAAUCUGAUGGUCAACAAGGGUAUUUGUUCUCACAAUUGUUAGUAUUACAGUAAAACUGUGUUCUUAGUUCCUGUAUAUUUUAUGGCAUUGUCGGUAUCUAAAUUGUAUUCUCAGGACGCUGUGAAACUGGUUUGCAGAAGAUUGAAAUAUUAAUAUGUGCCCAUAUUGAAUUUUUAUUCACCUCCAUGUUUCUCAUGUUUCUUUUGAAAUUAGAAUGUCUAUCAUUUAUAUUACAGUGAUGUCCAACAAAAUAAAAAAAAUGAUGCAUAUUGCUUGUGUUUCCUAUUGUUUGUAAACCUAUAAGAUGCUGUCUUUAGGUACUUGUUUUCUUCAACAGUUUUGUUCUUUUUAAAUAAUGAUACCAUGAUUUAUUGAUAUGAAGGAUUGUCUGAAAAUAGUCACAUUAUAAACUGAGAUUUCAUCACAUAAAUGUAAAUGACGUGAGAAUCUGUUAUGGUUAAUAACUUAUUACACCACAACCAGGAUUGGCAACUUUAUCUCACAUGAAAAUAUUAUUUCCUGUGUUCUCUUGUGACUGUAGCUCUCAGGCACACAUUUAAUUCCAUGCCUGUAUCUGUUUCUUUUUAUCGUAUCUCAGCCAGCCAGAAUUAUAUAUGCUGUUGAAAUGUCUAACCUAAAGAGUAUUAGAGAUCGAGUUUCAG